AUGCUACGGAUUGCAAUAACAAUUUAUAGCUUUUGUGCUUUAGUUUCGGAUAAAAUGGUAGUAGAAGCUAUGCCAUCUGUGUCGUAUGUAAAUGAACUACGACCUAUAAGCCAGGAUGAUGAUUAUUAUUUGAUUUCUGGAAGAGUUCAAAAUAAGGUAAUACGAUCGUUUCAUCGGUUAGAAUUUAAUGAUUCCAUAAAGAUACGCAUGAAGCAUUACUCGUACUCUCAGACACUUUGUGAUAAAACUCAAUGCAUAAUUAUAUUUAAUUUCUUGGAUGAGCAUGAAGAUGAAAUUGUUCGAUUGACAAUUAACCCUGGCACAGCUGAAUUUUCAUUAUUGUGCGUUUCUGAUAAAGCUAUCACCGCUGCAUUUCCGAAUAACACUUACAAUAAAUAUUAUGAAUUUCUAUUAUUAUUUUCAAACAUUGGCAUUAUGCUAUUCUAUAAUGAAUAUUUUAAAGUUAAAGUGCAACACUGUAUCAAUCAAAUUACCAAUAUUACCAGUUUUCAACAUAUUAUAGCUGAAACAUUUGAUUUUGAAGCGUCGUUGGAAGUACGGGCGGAAAAUGCGAGAAUCCCAGGCAAUUGGCAUGUUGUAGAGUCAAUUCCAGCCGAUCACAAAGUCAUUAUCAAAUAUUACCCAAAUGAAAAAAGCAUAAUAACAAUCCAAUUAGCAGAUAGAAACGGAAUAACAGCACUUAAUGUAAUCAUAGAUUAUACGACAGGUAUACUUUACACAAGACGCAUGCGAUUAGACAAUGAAAACAAACAAUGCGUUAAUUUUGGAAGUACCCCACAAUUUACCACGCAAAUGUUGGGUAAAGUUGAAAUUGGCAUUUUCCCACAACAAUAUAAGAUUACAAUGCAAAUAAACGAACGAUCACAGUUAAUUACUGCGGAUGGAUGUUUAAUUUAUGGUCAUCACUUAUCUCCUUAUGACAUUCAGCAAAUUAUCUUUGAUUCAACAAAUAAACGAGCAGUAUUCUAUGCUUAUUACAUAUAUCAGGCUUGA